CCUUGGCCGCGUGUCGGCGGCGCGCGGUGCCCGGAGCUGGCGGCGCGGUGCCGGCUGCAGGAUCAGGAAGGAGACGCGGCUUUUGCCCGGGCCCAGGCCGCUCGGGCCGAGGAUGUUUCUGCUGUUCUCUAUACUCCCUCGAGGUGAGCGAUACCUAAGAUGCAAAGGUUGCCUCUGCGCUGCUUCAGUUCUCUGCUGCCAAGGGGUGAGAGUGUUCUGCUGUUAGACAGACUGACUUGUCUCAGCCUGGGCUGCAUUCUCCAUUUUCUCCGCCUGGCCUGCCGCCCAGCUGCUGCUUGCCUGCCAAAGGGCCCGGCUGCCAUGUACACAGCUUGUUACCACACCUGCAAGCCGCACAUCUGGGCAGCCUAUCCAGAGCAUUUCCCACAUUUGUACCAGGGGAGACGGAAUGGACACAAACCUCAUUACCACCACCAUCAUCACCAUCCCACCAAGAAGAAAACCUGGAACUUCAUCCAUGAGAAGAUGAGCUAUGACACUUUCUUCACCAUGAAACGGCUGAUUGACCGCUCACGGACUGUGGGGGAAGUAUUGCGCUGGGUGACACAGAACCCUGGUAAGAUCUCCUACAAUCAUUACCCCAUUGCCCUGCAAAAAAUUGGUCAGGUCCUGCAGCAGCUGCCAGCAGGAUCCACCAUGGUGACACAUUACAGCCAGAUGUUGGAGCUGGAAGAUUUCCAAAAGCUGUGCCAGUCCAUCGUGAGUGAUUGCUCCAAAUUCGACAACUUCAGCAUCGUGAAUUGUCUGUACGCCGUUGCUGCUUUGGGUCUUCCUGGUGAUUCCAAGAUUGUUCAGGUCCUGGAGGAGGAAUCCCGAAUCCGCCUCUCACAGUUCAAUCAGAAGGAUAUUUCCAUGGUUUUCAGCAGUGUCAUGAAGCUACAUCCAUCCAUUGAGCACCCAUUAAUUGAAAGCUGUCUCGCAGGCUUGGAGAAGAAUAUUGAGAAGGAACGACACCCCCAGACGCUGUUUCUCUUGCUCUCCUACUACAAACUGAAGGCUCAGGCACUGCAGUCUGAUGGUUACACCAGCGAUCAGCUCAUCAACAACCGGAAGAUACUGCGAUUAGUCAAGCACACACUGGGGCAUGUCACCAAUGUGAGAGACCAUGAGAUGACCCUCCUGGACGAGAUGCUGGCUACGUGUGCCCGGGAGACCAGCAACAAAUCACUGGAGCUGAUCUUCAGCUCUCAACUGUUCUAUGAGAACAGACAGGAAAAGUUCAUCAAUAGCUUGGCAGAGGAACUCCCAAAGAAAGUGGAUAGCAUUACCCCCUACACCAUGGCACUCAUUGCAAAGUACAUUGCACGUCAUCGACUGCGUGAAACCAGGCUUCUAGACACGAUUGCAGAGUUCCUCAUCAAAAAAGGUGAAAACCUGGACAGUAAGGUAAUUCAGAAGCUGGUCUUCCCGUUUAGUCGUAUGAACUACAAACCUCCCAAUGAAGCCAAGUUUUUUGCAAAGCUGGAGUCUGUGCUGGAGGUCAAAGCCAUGAACUCACCCUUGGCCACAGUCAAUAUCUUUAUGUCCAUGUUCCAACUGGGACAUUUUCCAGGAGCCAUACUUGACAAAGUCUUCUCCACUGCUUUCAUCAACAAUGUGAUGAACAGUCCAUAUGGGUUGAUUGUUCGCCGGUAUCUAUCCCUACUUGAUGCUGCAGUUGAGCUGGAGCACCAUGAUUACAAGGGGCCUCGACUGGAGGACAGAUACAAAGUGAUGAUGUUUGACCGCGUACUGACUGCAGAUGAGGUGAACAGGAAAUAUAGUUACAAAGGGUUGGUGGCAGAAGCUUUGAGACAGCUGAUUGGGGAUCAGUGUUACAAACAGGAUGAGGUACUUCCCCCAGGGUAUUAUACAGAUUUCUUGCUGUGGAUAAAUGGUUCUGGCACUGUUCUCCAUAUUAAUGGGACAAUUCACAGUGCUGGCACUCCUUUGUGCCCCUCUGGUUCUAAUUCAAAACCUACAGAGAACCCAACUUCCAUCCACACUCAACCCGACAUACCCUCACUCAUCUCCAAUUUCCAGAAAUUCUCUCCCUUUGGACGUGAUGAGGUGAUAGUGAAAGAGAAGAGAGAUGGUGAUCUUCCAACAGACGUGGGUUUCCUCACACACAUCCAGCCUGCAGUGAGCAGUGGACGUUCGGGCACGGCUUCCGUUUUAACCAACUCAACCAUUGCGUAUAACGCUUAUUACCCUCCUUCGAACUACUACACUAGCCUGACCAAGGAGCAAUCACUGGAGAGUCAGGACAGCUCCACACUGAGCAGUCCAUCUGACUGUUUAAACCAGGCCCCUAACACCACUGGCUGCUCACCGGUCAUUGGCUCCAGUUCCCUCUUUCAGUUCCCCAUCGAAAAGAUCCUUAAUGAGGAAACAGAAACACCACCCCAGAACCAAGAGCAUAAUCUCUUUAGACCAGAACAGACAGCUCCAAAUUUUUACAACAGCCCCCAUUACGCGGAGAGCCAGGGCAGCGUUGGGCCGGAGGACAUGGCGAACCCUGUGCAACCGUCUCUAAACCAGCCGUCGCUGAUUGAGAAACAGAGACAUCUGGACACGGAGCAAGUGAACAGGAUUGUGAUGUCGGUGAAUGACAAAUGGCAUUACUGCCACAACUCGGAUGUGUUGGUGGGAUCUCGAGCAAUGCGGGAUCGACACCUGCGACUACUAGGAUAUACCAUUCUGCAGCUGCCUUACCAUGAGCUCGAAAAACUGAAUGGGAUCGAGGAAGUUAAGCAUUAUUUACGGAAAAGACUCCUGGAUGUGCAGUUAUGACGAUCAAAGAGUUGAUUUUUUUUUUGUACCCUGCUCCUGUUUCAAUUUAGGUGAAAUGGAACCACCCGCCCUUCAGCAGUCAGAAUGCCUGGAAACUGCAGCAGCAAACAGUUGGAAUUCCAGCAAUGCUGUUUCUCUCUCUGUCAUCACUACUUCUGUUUUUUUCAGAGUGGAGUGAGAAUUUUUCCUGUGGUUUUUCUGCUUUAGUGUGUUCAGAUGCUAACUACUGCCACAUGUUUUAUACCGCCCUUGGAGAUGACAAGCUUUUAAAUGAAAAGCCUAGGGGUGUGAAUAAUGCUUUUGUUCGGUUCGGAACUUGCAGGGAGGUUUCAUUAUUUUGAUCAAUGUUCACUGACCCUCUUCUGCUGCGGUUAUCUUCUGUCCCUUCAUUUGCCUCUCAUCACCUCUGCAACCUUUUCCACUGGCAGGACGAUGUUGUACCGUCCAAGCACUGGGAAGCAGAUUCUGAGUGGCUGUACGUGGAGGUACCUCCCAGCUUCAGCUUCUUUAGCAAUUUGGUUCUCUGGCUGAAGAAUGGAGAAAGCAGACACAGGAUGCUAACCAGCAAAGUUGGGAAAGAAUUUCAGAUUUCUGAUGUGAUUUUGUGAUACCAGUGCACUGCCCAAAGGGGAUUUAUUGUGACCAGUUCUGAACUCCUUGAGCAGUUCUGUAGGAGAUUGUUUUAUAGCUGCUGCCUUUUGUCCUUCCUGGUGUUAUGGGCUUGGAUUGUCUGCUGUGCAUCUUGUAAGUGGUACAUACUGCAGUGACUGAGCAUCAUUGUGGAGGGAGUGAAUAUUGGAGCUGAUGAAUGAGGUGUUGGGCUGCUUUGUCCUGGGUUGUAUUGAAAUUUUUGAAUGUUUUUGGAUCUCCACCCACUAAUCAAGGGAGUCGGUUGAUGCUUUGAUAUAGAACAAAAGCUCUGGUGAUAAUGAUGAAAAUGAGUGAAGAUCUUCCAUAUCCCAGACUACUCUCAGUUGUAGGGCUACUGGCCACUCUGAAAAUUGAUGGAGAUGAUGGUAGCUAGAGGAGCGGACGCUAUUUGACUCAGUUGCUAGGGCAGGGGGUUUGGUGAUGGUAGUUACAAUGGGAGGGGAAUUGGUAACAGUGGUUGCUAGUGGAGUGUAUGUUGGCGAUGGUAGUUGUUUUGGGAGAUGUUAUAGGUGGCAGUGAUUGCUGUGGGAGAAGGUGUUGGCAGUAGUUGCUGGGAGGGAUUGUUGAUGACACUGGUUUCUGGAGAUAGAGCUUUCAUUCCAGUGGAUUCAUUGGGAGAAGGUGUUGGUCUGGUGGUUGCUAUGGGAGACCAUAUUGGUGGAUUCUGUGUUGGUAUCAGUGCUUGUGAAGGGAAGAGGGUAUUGGUGAUGGUCGUUGCUGUGGAAAGGGUGUCGGAGAGUAAUAUUGGACACCUAAAAAUGGUGUUGACUGGAGGCUGUCCUGUGGCAAGGUAGGAGAUAAAGACAGUUGUGAAAUGCUUCUGCUGAGAAGCCAGUCUGGAGCAGCCUUCCUUUUCCUGGUGGAUAUGUGACAUAGUGCCAUCUGUAGACCCACUGACUGAUAAACAUGACUGGGUGAGUUUGCCUGACCUGGAUUAUAGUAGUUAACUGAUGCUCAGAUGUUAAUUGUGUGGGUUGUAGGUAGUCACUGGAACGCCAAAUGUGAGUGAAUUUUAAUUCCAGCUGGUUUGGGCAGAGGGUGCGCUUGGUGAUGUCCCUGGUUGGGGCAAGGGUUGGCAGGGAUGGGCGGGGAGUCUGAGCUAAAUGCAGUGUUUAAAAUUGGGUAAAUAUUUGGGUGGUGGGUUUUGAGGUUUUAACGGGAUCUUCUGUUUGAAGAUAUGGCAUGGAUUUAAAAAGAAAUUUGAAUGUGAAUAGAAUGAAAAAAUGGUGAAAAUACAAAACAGGUCCACCAGUUUCGAAACAGAGUAUUGAAGUCACAUUUUUCAAUGUAAGCUGUGUUUGGAGCAUUGCAAAGAAGGGGUAAGGUUUCAAAUGUGUUUGUGUUAGAACGGAUCCACUGGUGUGCUGGCCUUUCUUUUUAGUUUUAAGUUGUUUGUAUCACUGCAACUAAGGGAUGAUCCAGUGUAACCCACUGAGAUUAAAAAAUACUCUGGAAUAAACACAAA